UUUCGUCGUCCCUGAGAUUCGCCGGCUGAUCAAUUUGGCAGAAGGCAGGUUGAGUAGACGCGACGACUGUUGAUGACUGGGCGCGACGCAGAACCGAGGCGACGGGCUGCUGGUGGUCGAGGUGAUGGCGGCGGAGGAUCUAAACAUAACAACGUCGAUCCAGAUCUGUCGGCUCCGGCUCCUCUAGUCGUGAGAUGGAAAAGGAAGAUGAAGAUAUUAAAGCGGUGGGAUUUGUGAUCUAGAAACUUGGAAGAGAUGCGAUGAUUUUGUAACAGGGGAGAAGACGAGUGUGAUUUGGAAUUUGGUAAGGAAGAUGGGAAUGGGAUUUGGAAUUUGGGUGGCGAUGAGAUAGAGGGGAGGUUGGGGAGGUAUGGACGACGG